AUGGAGCACGACCAAUACAUUCAGAACCACGACAAUGAGAGGGCAGCGCGGCGCCGCUGCAGCGUCCCACACCCGUCGGGAGCGCCCGUGUGCUUUGGAUCGGAGGGGGACGGCAGCCCCCCGCGCCGGGACCCCCGUCCGCCGGCCUGGGGCCCAGAGCAGAACAAAGAGAUCGAAAGAGAAGAGACUAAAGAGCCACAGAUGGCCGCUGUGCUGCGAGGAGAGGAGCAGGAGUCCAUGCAGGAGGUGCGGCGGGGAGGAGGGAGCCGGGGGCCGGCGGCGCCCGCACAGCUCCAAGCAGCAGCGAAGCGUCCCUGGGCCCGUCCAGCCGCACUCGCUGCCAUCGCCGUCCCGGCGCCACAGGUCGUCCCGUCCCGUCCCGUCCCAUGGGGUCGUCGCCCGGCAGCCCCACGGGUGCCGCCAGCAUCCGGCAGGCCCAGCAAUGUCCCGGCAAUGUGCAGCGCAGGCCGUCGCGGCGCCUCCUAG